AUGGUCUGCCGAAACUCGCAUGGGACGACUGGGCGCGGCUUGCCCAGAGAUAAAUCGCAGAGUAUCGUUCCAUCUGCUGAUGUCAGCGGAACGGGUCGUAUGUCCAAUGAGGGAGACCUACGAAGUAGUUCAAGCUCAGGAUCGUUGAGUUGCGCUGUGGCCAUGGCUGUCAUGUCGAUAGCAGUGCCGGCGUCAGCGGAAAUA